AUGGGUGCCGUCGAGAGCUACCGCAUUGGUGGCCUUGAGGGCUUCCAAGAGGUUGAGGACCCCCUGUACCCCGGUGGUGCCUUCGACCCCCUGGGUCUGGCUGAUGACCUCGAUGCCCUUGCUGAGCUGAAGGUGAAGGAGCUGAAGAACUGCCGCCUCGCCAUGGUGUCAAUGUUCGGAUUCUUCGUCCAGGCCAUCGUCACCGGCAAGGGCCCCCUGGAGAACCUGUCCGACCAUCUGGCUGACCCCACCCUCAGCCCCCCCUUCUAUGCCCUCGUUCCUCUUCCAGGCCUAGUCCUGUCCAACCCUUCUCCCCCUUUCCCCAAGCUGAGGUUUCUCCAGGUCUCGCUCCCAGCCUAG